UCCUAGUGGCUGAGAAAUCAAGACGACGGUAAUAUGACUAAUAUCGAAGACUGGAAGUAUGGCUGCUCCACCACCAACUCGUGAUCGAACGGGUACUUUGAGUUCAAAUCCCGCAUUUCAAGGCGAUAGUAUUCUUUUUCAUGGAUAUAAAAUCCCAACAGAAGUUCGAAAAAUGGUACCAUACCUUACUAGCCUAAAGGUGGAAAAGUUCAAGAAGCUUUUAGAAGUAGUCCAACAUUCUCUUGAAAAUUAUGAAGUUGAUCAAGACAUACUGUGUAGUUUGAGAGAUAAAAAUAUUUCUGAGGAGUCUGUUCUACAAAUAUUUUCUGGAUUACAUAAAAUAAUGAAAGCAACAUUGAGACAGACACUAACAUCAAUAAAGCAAGAAAACUAUAAAGCUGAAUUAUUAUCCUACAAAAUUCCUGAAAACUUUGUUAAUGAAAUCAUGGUGAAUGUAUUCAAGAGCCAUACUAGGGUUGAAACUGGUGUAUUAAGCAAUAGGAUAAGAUUGCCAGGGCUGCAAUCUUUGAAAUGGAGAGUAGAUGUGACAAUAUCGACCAGCUCACUUAAUCGAGUGCUGGUGCCAACAGUCUUUAUGGAGGUGAAAACAAGUGAUGGCAGUAUAAAAUCGUUUGAGGUUCCCCUGUCAAGAUUUAAUGAACUGGAGUAUGAUGUAGCGUACGUGUUGAAAGAAAUGGAAGACUUAGAAAAACGUAAUAUUUUAAAAAUCGAAGAUUAGGAAUGGUUUCAUCCAUGUUUCGUUCGCCUUUGUAAUGGAAAUAAUUUUAUCAAUAUGUAAUGCUAUAAUACAUGGGUUACAUGGGUUGUAAUCAAAACCUUCGCAGGCAAGGAAAAUACUAUUUCGUGUGUGGUCACUGUGGAAACAACGCCAUUAAUUAAUAAUUUUUAAUUACACAAUGUAUAUUAUAAUAAGUACGUUGCGAAUUUCUAAUUAGAAUUAGAACCUUUGGAGUACAAACUACAAGGAUUUAUUGAGAGGUGUUAAUCGAACAUUUUGAACGUUGUAAAUUUUAUUUUGCAAUAUGACGACAGGAAUUCGUGUUGUUAACGCGUUAGAGGUUGGGACAGAUAUAGGUAAAUGUUUUAUUGAGCUUUGCAUCGGAGAUAUUACAGCUUUGCCGAAACAGGACGAAGUUGAUGUUCUUGUUUUAUCGGCGUUUCCAGGUGAUUACAGUCCUACACCAAGUUCUCUGAUUGGACAGUUGUUGUUAAGAUUGGGGAUAAGUGUAAAACAACUGGCCAAAGACAAAGAAGAAGAUUUAAGAAAGCUCUAUUCUUGUUGGUGGUC